UCGAGGAAGAAAUCCCAUCCAAUUAACAAAGGGUGACAAUAACUUGCCAUACAAGUUUAAAUGUAACCGUGCAAAAGUUUAAUGUUAAACAUACAUUUCAUGGCGUUUAGAAACUGUUUACAGAAAUCUUUUGGUCUAGUUUUAGUUCUGUUACUGUCCCAUGUCCGAAAAUCUUGUGGCGGUACUGUCAGAAAUGGCGCUGCGGUGGUUUCUGAAGCUGCAAGUUCUAAAAGCCCAAUUGUUGUAAUAAUAGUGGCAGUUAUUGUGGGACUUUGUAUUGGAGGUUCCAUUAUCGCUUGUAUUGGCAGAAGAACUAUUCUCACACUACAGGUUGGAUUGAAAGGAGAGGGUCGUCCAUCACUGCAAAGACUAGUUGAUAUGAGUGUCAUGGCAACAAAUACAGCUACACUCGAGGUCGAAGGAUGGCGACAUAUAAUGAUAGAAACCACGAAUGCAUUGCUCGGAUAUUCACAAUUUAUUCUCUCCGCAAGUUCAUCUGUAGAAAAAUAUUGGUGCAAUUCUGAUGUAUUAAAUAGAUUUGAAGAGGUCCCUACGAAAGAAUACAAAAAAUUUGACAUAGAGUCGUUGAACAGCGCGACAAGACAUGAACAUGAAGAUCAUUACAUCGUGGUUACAUUUUUGGUGGCUGCUAAAGGCGGAUAUAAAACACCGCCCAUCAUGAAAACCAUUGAUGACAUUAAGGAAGCCCUCAAAUUUUUGAUUGCCGUUGAUAGUAGCGAUAUUCUAAAUAUACAGGUUCUAUGGACUCCCCAACAUGAAAAUGACAUUUUGUCAAAGUACGAAUUAGAAGGAAGAUUUCCACACUUGAAGCCUAUUAAUGCAAAUGCAUUUUGAUACCUCGAAGGCUCAAACAAGACUAAAUAUACAUAUUGAACCCUUAUAUUUGAUUUGGUUUUCAAUUUGAAUCCUAAUAAAUUUUUUUUCCGAUAGAGGUAGUUAACGUUAUAAAAUAAUUCACAUCGGACUCCGAACCUAAAAUGCCACAUGUUUAUUAUGACUGAUUAAUGUGGAUCAUCAAACCUAAUACGUCAGUGGUGAGUUGGCCAAUCACUGACAGGCAUGUGGUAUUUUAAGUUCAGGAGGUCCGAGUGAAUUUUUUUAUAACAUUAAGUGCCUCCAUCAAAAAAAAUUCAUCAGGGUUCAAAUUCAAAACCGAAUCAAACGUGGAGGUUCAAUCUGUAUAUUUGGCCCUUAAAAAUCACCAUUGUGCUGCUUUAUAUGUGAUCUUACCGUAUUAUAUUUCUCCUUCCAAUUAUGGCUUAUAUGAACAUGGUAAUUAAUUGCUACAUUUUUGCUUAAGAAAACAAAUAUCUUUAUAUGCAUACACGGUAGAAAAUUUGGUUUGUUUUGUAUUUAGAAAGAUUAUAAUUUUUUUCAAUCAAAUCUCUUAACUUUUAUUUUA